GAUUUUGUGGCGUUUGUCAAUCUGUUCGCCGAUGACACUCAACCUUUGCCGAUGAAUUGGCAAGCCAGUGGGCGGAAUCCGACAGUCUUCAUCGAUCAUGCUGCUCGUCGAACUACGCUUAUCGAUCCUCGCCUACCUGCUCCUACAGUUGAUCGCAAAAGGGGAAGAAGUGCUCCACCGGCUCGACGACAAAAUCUGGACAAAAACGGGAAUCUAUUGGAUUUGGCAAGUCGUACGGCUGAGAUAGCGUUGCUUGUCGAAGAGCGAUUGCCCGAGCUGGCACCAAAGAUCAGGAAAAAGUUGCGACUGAUCGAAAGACUCGGAGCUGUGGCUCUAGCCAGGCUUGCUAACGAUGUCGAUUUGAUAACAGCAAUAAGUAUUCUCGACUCCGACGACCCAGCUGGAUCGAGUGAAUUCGAAGAAAAGCUGAAUCAUUUCUAUGCGUCGCUUCAUCGUAGUGGAUACGGUAAAGGGCCUCAGAAAGUGAAGUGA